AUGAGUGGAAUUCAAACAGAGCUAAUUGGAUCACUACCAAGACCAAUAGGAACAACAAGUCAAGAACAAUAUUUAAAAGUUAUAGUCGAUGAACUUGCAAAGACUGGUUCACCAAUCAUUACAGAUGGAGAAAUUUGGAAGCCAUCGUUUGCAACCUAUCCACUUGACAUGAACCAAUUCAAACCUGAUGGAGCCGUUAUCCUCUUUGCUGAUGGUCAUACUCGAAGAUUACCUGUGUUUAGUGCAAAUCGGUUGGUAUUUGGUCAAUACUCUGGUAGCUAUGUUAAAAAGUUACGUAAUUGUUGUCAAGACACCCCCAUCAAACAAGCUGUUAUUUCGCCAAGUGCUAUUAGUUUAAUGUAUCCAACUGCUGGAAUCCCAGGUUACUCUCGUGAAAAAUUCUUGGAUGAAGUCAUCGAUGAAUGUGAAAAGGAUAUUCAAAGUGCAUUUAAAGAAGGUGCAUCGGUCGUUCAAGUAGAUGCCACCGAGUUACGUCUAUCUUUAAUGUUGGAUCCAUCGGGUGCUCUUUUGGAUCAAAUGGUUAAAUUAAACAACCGAUUGUUUGAUCGAUUCACUGACGAGGAAAGAAAAAAGAUUGGUAUUCAUACCUGUCCGGGAUCCGACCAAGACAGUACUCACAGUAUAAUAGUUGAUUAUGGCUUGUUGUUACCUAAAUUCUUCAAACACAAUUGCGGAAGAUUCUACUUGGAGCUUGCUGCCGAACCAGAUAGAGAAAGAGUACUCGAAAUUGUAUCAGAAAACCUGCCAGCCACUGGAAUUGUUUUCUUUGGUGUAAUUGAUCCCAUUGAGCCUAGAGUAGAGACACCCGAAGAAGUCCGUGAUCUUGUGCUCCAGAUCGCCAGAAAGAUACCCGUUGGCCGAUUUGGUACAUGUGACGACUGUGGAUUCUCUCCUUUUGCCGACGACAAAUCAACAUCUUUCGAUUUAUGUAUGGCCAAGAUUCAAUCAAGAGUAGAUGGUACUAAAAUGGCUUCAAGUCAACUUGGUGCUAAAUAA